UUUUUCAGUGAUUUUUAUCCAAUAUUUCAUAAUCCAAUUGUAAAUUAUCGAAAAAAAUUACGAUGUUCAUAUGAAGUUGUUUAUCCAUUACAAAGUGCAAUUUUCAUUUUAUAUACAUAUGCAAGUUUAAUUAUGUUACUUAUAAGACCAUUUUUUAUUUCAAUAAUUCAUCAAAAAUUUAUUUCAGCAUCAAUUUAUAGUGCUCUUCAUUUUUAUCCAUGUUUACUUGUAUUACAUGCUUUAUGUGGUGGUCUUAUUUAUUUUUCUUUUCCAAUUUUGACCAUUACUAGUUCUGUACUUCUUAAUGCUAUUCAUUUUACUUUAAUUGCUAAUGAAGAAAAUGAAUGGAUUCCAUUUCUACGAAAACUUUGUGGAAAUAUUCAAAAUUGGAUUAUUUAUUUGAUACAUAUUAUUCUUCUUCUUUGUGGUUUAGUUAGUUUUACACAAAUUGAAAAUGAAUAUGAUUAUAUAUUAUUACCUAUUGUUUUUCUACCAGGUCUAUUGUAUAUUUUAUUGUAUAAAUUUACAGGAACAAAUACAAUAAGACCGAUAGGAAAUUAA